GAAAGCGUUUCUGCUGGGAACUGUAGAGAGCUACUUAAUGUAAUUAAAAAUCAAUUGUAUAAUGUAAAUAAAAAUGUUGAUGUUUUUGAAAAAGUAUAUAGUUUGCUAAUGGAGGCGUCUAAGCUUUUAAAUGAAAACACUACCCAUGAGAGUGGAAUACCUAUCAGUCAGCAGCAGCCUGCUAAAUACUGUCACAUUUUAGAUUUGCCAAAAAGGGGUAAAAAAAUGUCUUAUUCAAAUCGUUGUGGAAUAGCUAAGGACAAAAAAAAAGCUGGAGAAAAGAUAAAAAUUACAACAUUAGACUGUCCUGUUGUCAAUGUUGAAGAGGAAGUUAUCAUAGAAGACAUGGAUCUAGAUGGUCUGACUUCAUUUAAUUGUAAUGUACCAAAUAAACAUGUAACGCCAAAAGAAGAGUUUGAGAAAAUGAUUACAAUAAAAGACAACAGCCAAGAACUAUAUGUUUUGAAUCUUUGUUGUCCUAUCACCAGACAAGACUUAAGCACAAUUUGUAAUAAUGAAAUGCUAACGGACAACAUAAUUAAUGCUGCACAAAAAAUGUUGUUACAACAAUACCCAAAUACUAAAGGUCUGCAAGAUCCUAUUCUUGGACAAAACCUAAGUUUUGCAAUUUUAAAAAAUGAAGAGUUUGUCCAAGUGUUACAUGAUGGGUGUGCUCAUUGGUUUGCGAUCAGUACUGUAAGGUGUGAACCAGGGCAUGUCUUUGUUAUGGAUAGUCAUUUUACAGGCAAACUUAGCCAUGCCACUAUGAGACAGAUAUGUUCCAUAAUUCAUUGCCAAUUAGACAAAAUAAAAGUUACAAUUUUACCCGUUUAACAGCAAACAAAUGGUAUUGACUGCGGAAUAUAUAGGAACCCUGACGGAACCCUAACCCUAACCCUGACUUUACAGUAGCUGUUAUAUUUUAAGGACUAUCCGACGAAAAUAAAUUUUGAUGAAACAAAGCUUAGAAAGGAGCUGCUUAACUCUUUCCAAAGCAACUUUUUAAGUUUAUUUUCAACUUCUGAAAAGACUGCCAAACGGAAUGUACAAAAGGAAAUAAGUUUAGAUAUAUACUGCACUUGCAGAAUGAUUUGGGUUCCAUCUGAUAAAAACAUCUUUGGAAAACACAUGGUUGAAUGCUCAGGUUGUUUGCAGUGGUUUCACAGAAUGUGUGAAAGAAUUUCAGACGAUGUUCUUAAUAAUAAUGAUAUAAACUGGUAUUGCUCCAUGUGUGAAAAGAUAACAAAUACAAAUUGAAACUUC